UUCAUGCUUCCAGCUCCGUGAGACGCCAUUUUGGAGGAAAGUUUGGAAUUUGUAAACCUGGGGAGGAGGAGAAGGAGGCGGAGGAGGAGAGGGAGGAAAAAGAAGAGAGGAGACGCAGGAGAAGCGAACGGAGCAGAGGAGGAGGCUCGACUCUGGGGAACUUCGACACGCACGCAGGGCGCAGGCUCCGGGAGGCGGCCGCUCUGGAGUUGAGGCUCCUCCGUCUGGAACUUUGUCCCUUCGCCGCAGCUGCAGCGGCGGCCGCGCGCGUCCGCUCCGCCCGGAAACGCGGCGUUUUUUCGGCCACUUUGGCCGAAGCUGCGUUCCCACCUCUGCUCCCGCCGUGAGACGCGCUGCUCGCCGGGCAGGAGCCUCUGCGACGUGAAGAGCAGUCGGAGAGCCGCCCACUGGAGCUUCUGGGGCUUGACUCCGAACGGGUUUCCUGGGGGAGCCGGUGUCGUCGCCUUGGACGGGGCGGGUUCCCCGGACCGGACUUUGGAGGCUGUUGGGCUCGAAGGGAACUUGGUGUCGCCGCUGACGGAUUUCUCCUCCAGUCCGGAUUGUAGCGCAGACAGCGGCGUUGACAGGCGGAGCACACGGACAGAGCCGUACUGUGUAGCUAACUAGCUCCGAGCCGAGCCGAGCCGAGCCCGACCAGACCCAGCCAGACCCAGCCAUGCCAGUCAGAAAGAAAGAUGCUCAGCGGGCCCUGCUGCUGCUGGAGGAGUACCGGGCCAAGCUGGACCACGCCGAGGACCGGCCGCUCCGACGCUCCGUCCAGAGGGUCAUCGACAUCUUCCAGAGCAACCUGUUCCAGGCGCUCAUAGAUAUCCAGGAAUUUUACGAAGUGACCUUAUUGGACAGUCAGAGAUGGGUGGAGUCUUCCAAGGGGUUGGACCCAGCAGCGCCCGUCAACCUGUGGGACUUCUCCAGCCUUCCAAGCACAACGGUGACCUCGGACACUCUGCCCAGCCUUAGCACCAGCAUCGAGGACUCCCCCCUCCUUAAUGAAAUCCUUCACGUGUUGGCGAAGGCCAAUCGCUCGCCAGGCCACGACGGACAAAAGUACAGGCACCACGAUGAGGACUCGUCCCCCCAGGAUCAGAGCUCCCCCCAGCUGACAGAGGAGGCAGGGGGACCAGAGCUGGUCCAGGUGGCAGAGAAAAACCUUUCCCAGGUCGAAAAUGUGCACGGCUACGUCACCCACGCUCACAUCUCACCCAUGAAGGUAGCGUCUCUGGAGUGCAUCUUUGAUGGUUCCUCAAUAUUAGGACAGAAUCACCCGGAGCUCCCUUCCCCUACGUCCUCCAUCCUCUACCCCCAUGGAGAGGACAGCCCCCUCCCCUCCUGCUCCUCCAACCCUUACCCCCCGGUCCAGCAGGCCGAGGCCGCCCCGCCCACCUCUCCCAUAAUCCCUGUGAUCCCAAUCUCGCCAAUCCCAGCUGAGACCACCGUCAUCCCUCCGACGUCACAGGCCAAUCCUCCCCCUGUGGUGGUCAACACAGACAGCCUGGACACGCCUCCUUACGUCAACGGGACGGAGGCUGACUACGAGUACGAGGAGAUCACUCUGGAGCGGGGAAACUCGGGCUUGGGCUUCAGCAUCGCAGGCGGCACAGACAACCCCCACAUCGGGGAGGAUCCCAGUAUCUUCAUCACCAAAGUCAUACCUGGAGGAGCGGCCGCUCAGGACGGACGGCUCAGGGUUAACGAUGUCAUCCUGCGAGUUAACGAGGUGGAUGUUCGGGACGUGACCCACAGCCGAGCCGUGGAGGCGCUAAAGGAGGCCGGAUCUCUGGUCCGACUCUACGUCCGCCGGAGGAAACCUGUCUCCGAGAAAGUGAUGGAACUGAAACUAGUCAAAGGCCCCAAAGGCCUGGGCUUCAGUAUAGCAGGCGGAGUGGGGAACCAGCACAUUCCUGGAGACAACAGCAUCUAUGUUACCAAGAUCAUCGAAGGCGGAGCAGCACAUAAAGACGGGAGGCUGCAGAUUGGAGACAAACUUCUCGCUGUGAACAGCGUCUGUCUGGAGGAGGUGACCCACGAACACGCCGUCACUGCCUUGAAAAACACCCCUGACGUGGUCUACCUGAAAGUGGCUAAACCCAACAGUGUCUUCAUGAACGACAGCUUCGCCCAACCCGACCUCACCAACUCGUUCUCCCAGCACAUGGAGAACCAUAUCAGCCCACCCAGCUUCCUGGCCCAGCCCCCAGCCCCACCAGCACCUUCAGGACGCUACUCCCCUACCCCCAAGAGCAUGAUGGGAGACGAUGACGUAACGCGUGAGCCCAGGAAGGUGGUUCUGCACAGAGGAGCCACGGGACUGGGCUUCAACAUCGUGGGUGGCGAGGACGGAGAAGGGAUCUUCAUUUCUUUCAUCCUCGCUGGAGGUCCAGCAGACCUCUCUGGAGAGCUGAGGAAGGGGGACCGGCUCGUUUCGGUCAACGGAGUGGACCUUCGCAGUGCAACCCACGAGCAGGCAGCCGCCGCGCUGAACGCCGGGCAGACGGUGACCAUCGUAGCCCACUACAGGCCAGAGGAGUACAGUCGCUUCGAGGCCAAAAUUCACGACCUGAGAGAGCAGAUGAUGAACAGCAGCAUCAGCUCUGGAUCCGGGUCCCUGAGGACGAGUCAGAAGAGGUCGCUUUACGUCAGGGCCCUGUUUGACUACGAUAAGACCAGGGACUCAGGUCUCCCCAGUCAGGGACUAGACUUCAAGUUCGGGGACAUCCUCCACGUGGUGAACGCCUCCGAUGAUGAGUGGUGGCAGGCGCGGCAGCUGACGGCGCAGGGGGAGGUGGAGGAGGUGGGAGUCAUCCCCAGCAAGAGACGGGUCGAAAAGAAGGAGCGAGCGAGAUUAAAGACAGUGAAGUUCAACGCCAAGUCCCGGGACCGGGGGCAGUCUGUCAAUGACAAGCGUAAAAAGAACCUCUUUUCCCGAAAGUUUCCGUUCUACAAGAGCAAAGAGGCGAGUGAGCAGGAGACCAGCGACGUGGACCAACAAGUGACGUCUAACGCCAGCGAUAGUGAGAGUAGCUACCGUGGACAGGAGGAGUAUGUUCUGUCGUACGAACCCGUCGUUCAGCAGGAAGUGAGCUACACCCGACCCGUCAUCAUCCUCGGACCCAUGAAGGAUCGGAUCAAUGAUGACUUGAUUUCAGAAUUUCCUGACAAGUUUGGAUCCUGUGUCCCGCAUACGACCCGGCCGAAGCGGGACUACGAGGUGGACGGCAGGGACUAUCACUUCGUGGUGUCUAGGGAGCAGAUGGAGAAAGACAUCCAGGACCACAGGUUCAUCGAGGCGGGUCAGUACAACAGCCACCUGUACGGAACCAGCGUGCAGUCGGUUCGAGAGGUGGCCGAAAAGGGUAAACACUGUAUCCUGGACGUGUCGGGCAACGCCAUCAAGAGGCUGCAGCUGGCUCAGCUCCACCCCAUCGCUAUCUUCAUCAAGCCCAAAUCCGUGGAGAACAUCAUGGAGAUGAACAAGCGCCUGACGGAGGAGCAGGGCAGGAAGACGUUCGACAGAGCCACCAAGCUGGAGCAGGAGUUCACAGAGCACUUCACAGCCAUCGUUCAGGGCGACACGCUGGAGGAGAUCUACGAGCAGGUGAAGCAGAUCAUUGAGGAGCAGUCGGGUCCGUUCAUCUGGGUCCAGUCCAAGGAGAAGUUGUGAAGGUCCGGCCCGUCGCUCCUCCUCCUCUUCCUCCUCAGAUCCAGCCUGCCCCGUCGACUCAGCAUAGUUUACUUUGUGUGCUGAUCGGUGGGUAAAGUGCAGGAAUGAUCACACGGUACAGAUCCUUAAUGUUUAAGGGAGGAGGAGGAAGAAACUUAUGAAAACGGCUUUCUCUGUUUUUAUUUUUUGGUGGCUUUUUCCCGUUUGUUCCGUCUCAUCGGCGUCUGAUGAAGUCGGAGACACAAACAGCAAAACUUUGCACGUUUGAGCUUUAACAGCAUGUUGGUUAAUCCCCGUUGAUUCCCAUCAUCUCUUGCGUUCGGCGUCAUUUCAUCCCUUUCUGUUGACGUGUUUCCUGUUUUAGUGGCUGCAGGUUCCUGCUCCGCCACUAGAGGCGCUGCUGCUGCCGUGAACCGGCCCAGUCGCUUCAUUGCCAAACGUUUGUUUCUGUGGCCACUUUUAUUCUAAUCACUCUCAUCAAGUCGUUUCGUUUACGUUAAAUGAAUCUGUCGGCGCAGAGAGAAAAUUUAAGGACUUUCCAGAAUUCAGUGAAAUGAGGAGUUUGACGGGACACAGGUUUUUAGGGAACGCUUCAGCCGCGUUUGUUUCUCGCGCAGAUUAAAUAACAGAUGUUUCCACAUCAUCCAGCUUCACUCGGUAGAAAGGUUUGUUUAAAGUCAAAUGUGCGUUGUGUGAAUACAUUUCUUUUCUCGCUGCACCGACAGAUUUGGACCGUUUUGAAUUUCAGACUAAAUCAUUUCACAAGGAUGUUUUCAGCAUUGACUCAUAUGGGUUCAUGUUUUAUCAUGUCAUGGUGGGAUCUGUGUGGUGCAGCUGGAGACGAGCCGCCACCUGCUGAGUUCGCAGGCGUGUCCCAACACGCACACGAAUAAUGUACAAUGAGAUUUUGACAGAUAUUUAACCCUCGGUAAACUGCCUAUUUUGUUAUAAUAAAGUCUAUAUUGAACUUUACGUAAGCACUACUACUACGGAGUUAUUUUCUUUGCAUUGUUAAUCAUAUAUGAAUAGAAAAGUUUAAAGAUAUUUGAAUAUGAAUCUAUAUUUUUCUUUUUUUUGAUCACCACCUCCUCUGUCUUUUAAUUUUCUUUUUUAAGCAUAAUAAAAAACUUAACAAGAAAA